UACAUGUAUUUUUAACCAUCAGACAUUUACUAUUCAUAACGCGCUUCGGUUUACAUUGUAAUAAGUUUAGAAUCGCGUUAUUGUGUUUCGCGAGUAAAUGUAAUCUCUCUAGACUAGAUACUAUAAAAUCAAAGUAUCAUCUUUGACUUUGUUGUCUACAUGAUGCAAAAAUAUAAUUAAUAUAACGCAGGAAGAGACAGAGCAGGUUUGGAUUUUUGGAGCAUUGACGAGUCGUUGAUGAACGAAAUGUUGUCCCGCGAGGGACCCGUGACCCCGUGCGUACAGCUUAUCGUGUGCUCGGCGGUGGCUGUUGCGAGGCAUUCGGACAAUCAGUCGAGCGCCGAUAAGAUUAUCGAUGGCUUGUCCAGUCACAGUUGGUUCGAGCAAGUUACCAAUGGAACCUCCAUAGAGGAAGCGAUUUCGAUGGGUCGCAAAGUCUCGGAAACAGAAGAGUGCAACGUUUCUUACAAAAAUUGCGCUUUGAAUCGACAAAUCGUCAAUAAUUUGUUGAAACUUGUCGGCUUGUAACAAAAAAAAAAAAA